UGCAUGGCCUUCAAUGAUGUUCAGCCACAGGCACCGAUUCAUUUUCUUGUCAUACCAAAGAAGCCUAUUGCAACGCUAGCAGAUGCUGCAGAAGAUGACACGCAGCUCCUCGGACACUUGGUUCAAGUUGCAAAGAGAGUAGCAAUACAGGAGAAUAUGGAUAAGGGAUACAGAUUAGUGAUAAACAAUGGGCCGGAUGGAGCACAGUCGAUUUACCACCUACACCUGCAUGUUCUGGGAGGCAGACAGAUGGACUGGCCACCUGGAUGAGAUGCUGACCACAGCUAGUGACCUAUACCUACUAGCUACGCAGUAGGUUUUGAUAUGUUCAGCGUAAUCGCAAACGCGCUCACACAUUACCCACUCACACACAGCACUGCCAAAUGCAUGUAUUGUCUGAAUUUCUUACAAGCGGACCCUGUUUACUGAUACCUACCCAUGUGUCAUAUCUCGUAGGAACUCAUUGCUAUAUCAUAUAUAACUAUAAAACACUUUUAGUGUGCUAGUAACAGGUACACAGGGAAAGCAAAUGCGUGCAUGAUUCAUUGAUGCAAGCAGGUGUUCAGUAGCAUACACAGACAUUUUAUUAAAAAACUGAAUAAGAGAUGACAGUUUUUACCCAGCGGGUAGCACUUGCAUCAUGAGUGUCAAUGAUACUGAUUGGUGACAAAUCAGUAAGGAGUUAUAAAAAUAGUCAGCUUUUGUGAUCAGAACUUGAGUUAUGACAAUUACCCAAAAUAGUUGUAUACGGAGUUGAAUGAUAAAUACGGACGACAACAUGUUGUGUGCGUACGUGCGAGCACUGUGUGUGUUUGGGCAGGGGAAAGCUAAUUGCAAUAAACAUAUAUUACGAAAAAUA